CUGUCAAUUCUGUCACCAUCUUAAGCGAUUUGGUGGCACACGUACAAAUAAAUGCUAGAACUGUAUUGUACUGUGAAAUUAAACGAAUUAAUUUAAUUACAUACUAACUUAAGUAUUUGAAAGCGAAAAUGCAAGGGCCUGCGGUUUUUAUGGACAUAUCGCUUGAAGAUCAAGCACUAGAAUUGAGAAAAUAUUUCAAAAGUCUUGGCGCUGAAAUAUCAGAAGAGAAGUCCCCUAAGGGCAUUGAAGAUGAUUUACACAAAAUAGUUGGAGUAUGUGAUGUCUGCUUCAAAGAAAAUAAUGAGGCUGAUAUUGAAGCUAUCCUUAACAGUAUUGUGUCUAUCAUGGUUUCAAUUCCAUUGGAGAGAGGAGAAAACCUUAUCCUGGCAUUUAGUCAAAGGCUAACUAAAUCUCCUGGACCAAAACUUGGUGUGGUGGCAUUACAAUCCUUGUGGCGGCUCUAUAACAAUCUUGAAUCCAAUUCUCCUCUGCGCUACCAUGUCUACUAUCAUGUGAUUGAGCUGGCUGCACGUGUAAGUUCAGUUGGUGAAGUAUUUAAAGGAGUAGAUCAAUUAAAAAGGGAAUUUGCUAGCUGCCCUCCCUCUAAUGAGCAAAUGCAGAAACUCUACAGACUGUUACAUCAAGUGCUAAAAGAUCAAAACAGUGAACUGGCAUCAAAAGUGAUGAUUGAAUUACUUGGUACAUAUACAGAUGAAAAUGCUUCAUAUGCAAGAGAGGACGCCAUUAAGUGUAUAGUGACAGCUCUCGCCGACCCUAACUCAUUCCUAUUAGACCCAUUGUUGUCACUGAAACCAGUGCGUUUCUUGGAAGGCGAGCUAAUUUAUGAUUUGCUCACAAUAUUUGUUUCUGAAAAAUUGUCGAGUUAUCAAACCUUUUACAAUAAUCACAAGGAGUUUGUACAGUCUCAAGGUUUAAAUCAUGAACAAAAUAUAAAGAAGAUGAGAAUAUUGUCCUUCAUGCAAAUGGCAGAAUCAAAUUCAGAAAUUACCUUUGACGAAAUUAUAUCUGAACUGCAGAUUGAAGAGAAAAAUGUAGAAGCUUUUAUAAUUGAAGUCCUGAAGACGCGGUUGGUGCGCGCGCGCAUGGACCAGGCGGCGCGCUCGGUGCGCGUGUCGAGCACCAUGCACCGCACGUUCGGCCACGCGCAGUGGCAGCAGCUGCGCGACGUGCUGCUGGCGUGGCGCGCCAACGUGCACAACGCGCACGAGUCCAUGAAGUCCGUGGCCGCCGCGCAGAUCGAGUACACCGGCCAGCAGAAGCCCUGAGCCGGAACCUAGUCCAUACUGUUGUAUUAUAUUCUAUCCAUUUUGAGAAUAAAGCAAUUAUAGUAAGGCUUCUCCGUUGUCAGUUAACUUACUUUAUUGGCAUAUAACAAUAUUAAAAUCGGUAAUCUUAGGCGAAUGUGCGCGUGGGCGACCAUACCGGAGUCGUUCACUGCCACAUUGCACUAAGCAUUUUUGGAAAUACAAAUAUUAUUUUAUGUAAUGUCACAAUCUUUACAGUUUUGGUAUAAAAGUAAUAAAGUUAUAAACCCUAAA